GAUGUCAAAGAUGACGAGACUCGUCGGACCACCCCUGGAGAUUGGAAUGUUGGAGAGUGAAAGCCGAUGUCACCCUCGUCUUCCAUGCGCUCCAACGUUCCAGUCGGGAAGAACAGCACCACGACCGUGAAGGAAGCGAUGAACAUCCUGGGAAGAGCGUAGAUCACCAAGAGCUCUCAAAGAUCACGGCGGGAGAGCUGAAAGGCGCAAGGAAUGCAACGUGCUGGCCACGGAUCCCAGCACGAACAAGUUUGGAAAUCCAUCCUCGAAUGUGGUGAAAGAAAAAAGAGAUCGAUUGCUCAAACCCACUUACAUCCAUCUGAGCUCGAUGGAAACUGUCUCGGCAGCGACCCUCCGUGCCACAUCCUCGUACUCGUUGCAAUAUGUCGAGGAGAUUAGUUCGAGAUUAGUUCCAGCACGGAGACCUCGCAGCCGCGCAGAGAUUUUUCGAUUGUAUGCCCGAAAAAACUAUAGUCUCGUGGAACGCGAUGGUCUCUGCGUAUGCCGCGAAGGGAGACACUAGCAUUGCGAAGCUUUUGUUUGGCAAGAUGCCCCAAUGGGACGUGGCUUCUUUCAACGCAAUGUUGACUGGGUUUGACCAAGAGGACUACGUUUUGGAAUUGCAAAGAUUUUUCAACGCUCUUCCGGAAGCCAAUUUUGUCUCUUGGACUAUCGUCUUAACAGCAUAUGCCCGCAUUGGGUAUCUUUUUGAGUGUAAGGCCCUCUUCGAUGCUAUGCCACAGAGAGAUAUAGUGGCAUAUAACGUAAUGCUCUCGGCAUUUUCCCAGCACAGUACUGGGAAAGAUUCCAAAGCCUUAUUUGAUACCAUGCCACAGUGGGAUAUGCUUUCCUGGACAUCACUUUUAAACGCAUAUAUCCAAGAAGGCAAUAUUGAUCGAGCCAAACGUACAUACGACACAAUGCCAAUGCAGGAUACAGUAUCAUGUACUGUUAUGCUCACGUUUCUCUCUACGUAUGGUGCCAUAGUCGAUGCUAGGGUGGUCUAUGAAUCUUUGCCAUGCAAGGAUUUAGUUUCACAAAACGCAAUGUUAGCGGCGUAUGCCUCAAAAGGGUACCUUGAAAAAGCUCGAUUUUUGUUUGACUCCAUGCCACAACAAGACCUUGUUUCUUGUACUAACAUGCUCAUUUCGUAUGCCCAAGUCGGUCAUCUUAACGACGCAAAACUUGUUUUCAUUUCCAUGCCGGAGCAUGACGUAGUAUCUCGGACCAUCAUGCUCAUCGCAUAUGCCUUGAAUGGGCAUGUUUUAGAAGCCAAGAAAGUGUUCGAUUUGAUGCUGGAGAGAGAUCUCACCGUGUGGAGCGUUAUGCUGGCUGCUUAUGCCUACACCGGCCACUCCUUUGAAGCCCGCCACCUUUUCCAAACCAUAAAUUUCAUUGAAGCAGCUGGUGAAUCCUGCUUUGCCCCCAUUUUGAUUUCCCUGGGACAUGUUGGUGGACUCGACGCCGUGCUUCGUGUCGUUGCAAGGGGACUUCGCGUUAAAGCCUACCAAGCAACACUACGCGUGCAUGGUAGACCUCAUUGCCAAGGCAGGGCAUCUGGAAGUUGCCGAGCUUCUCUUGGAAACCAUGCCGUUUGUGCCUGAUGCUGUAGAUUGGAUGUCCCUGACAAAAGGGAAUAGACGGCCUGGCAAAAGCGCGAAAGACAAAAACAACCAAAUGAGCCGCGACUACGAUCUGCAAGCUGAGAACGCGGCCAUGAAUGAGAAUGGUGGUGACGCCGAAUGGGAAUAGAUCAACUUUAAAUGCACCAGACAGGGAGCAGCCUCUCGCCGCGGCUUUCGUCCAGGAAAACUUGAUCACCCACCAUCGCUCAAGGUAAUUAUGAUUCCCGAUAUCCGCAAUUAGCGCUAAUCAAUCUCUUGGCCUGUCUGUCUCGUUCGUGCCGCGGCAGCACAGCAGCACAACGGCACAGCAGGCUUUUGUGCUCUUUUUCGGUUCGGUUUUUAAUAACGCAGAGAAGAGAAGAGCCAUGAACUUGCAGAUACUGCGGGGUUUAUAGCCUUUCUUUGAAAGCUUCACAUUCGAUCCAGAUUUAAUGCAGCGGACCUGUGCGUCAUCGCGCAAAAGCUAUACGAACUUUUCCAUCGCUGGAAAGCUUUUAGCUGCACUUCCCGAAAGAUUCACUCUUUCCUUGUUUCGCUGUGUACCACGCCAGGCGUCGCUCUACCUCGUGGCUACGAGUGCGUCCGUUCAAUCUGGCAAGAGCAUUGCUUUUCCUCUUUGGCCGACCCACGUUGAUAAGGCUGCAAACGCUCUGUCCAGUUUUUCGGUGGGCGUAAAGGAAUCUUCUGGUCAUGGCCGGUCAAAGUAAUAUGGUUGACCAGAUUGUGGAUGGUCAACGCCAUAUGCUCGCUAGUUAUAUAAUUAAUUGUACCGUACAAAUUGUAUGUCUCGCAGCUUGGUUUUGAUUGAUUUGAUUUCCAAA